AUACUACGUUUGCUGCACCAGUAUAGCGGAAGUUGUUGGUAGCCAGAAUGUUUGUAACUUAAUGCUAUUUAAAUUAAUGACUUUUAGCUAGCUUGUUUGUCAGUCUUAAACGAUUGCUGGAGCAUCAGCGAUAUCACAGAAUAAAUGGAAAAUAUGGUUGACAGGCGCUGUUUUAUUUAAGUUUCCCCAUACAGGUUGGAAUGCUUUGAAGAUGAGGAUGAAGCUGAAGCUGAAGACCGUGUUUGUGUUUUACUUCAUGGUCUCUUUGCUGGGGCUCGUGUAUGCCUUGAUGCAGCUAGGCCAGCGCUGCGAUUGCACAGAGCAUGACAAGAUGAAGGAUAACACAAUUUACCGAUUGCGGGGUGAACUGCACAAACUGCAGGAAGAAGUGAAGAAAUGUGACCCUACAAAACCUCCUAAGAAGCCCCAUCUACCCACCAUAUAUGUCAUCACACCCACCUAUGCCAGGUUGGUGCAGAAGGCGGAGCUGACCCGUCUCUCCCAGACGUUCCUGCACGUGCCACAGCUUCACUGGGUCGUGGUGGAGGACUCUGACAAGCCCACGGCACUGGUGCGCGACUUCCUGUCCGCGUCGGGCGUGGCCUACACACAGCUCCACACGCUCACCCCCAAGGAGAGGAAGCUGCAGGACGGCGACCCCAGCUGGCUGAAGCCGCGCGGUGCAGAGCAGAGGAACGAGGGCCUGCGCUGGCUCAGGGAGACGGCCUCGGCCACCAAGGGGCAGCAGGGAGCCGCCAUGGAGACCUCAGUGGUGUACUUUGCGGACGACGACAACACGUACAGCUUGAUGUUGUUUGAAGAGAUGCGGAGCACCCAGCGUGUGUCAGUCUGGCCUGUGGGCUUAGUGGGUGGAAUGCGCUUUGAGCGCCCGGUAGUGGACAAGGGAAAGGUCGUCCGCUUCCACACUGGCUGGCGUCCCAAUCGUCCAUUUCCACUUGACAUGGCUGGCUUUGCGGUGUCUCUGCGCCUUGUUCUGACUAACCCGGAUGCCCGCUUUGAUGGCGAUGCCCAGAUGGGCUUCCUGGAGAGCAGCUUCUUGCAGGGACUAGUUACCAUGGAGGAGCUGGAGCCCAAAGCAGAUAUGUGCACGAAGGUUCUGGUGUGGCAUACUCGCACAGAGAAGCCAAAGAUGAAGCGGGAAGACGCAUUACAGAAGCAGGGGUUGGGCUCCGACCCCAAGGUGGAAGUGUAACAGGCACUCCUAGCUCUUCAUGUGCCAUCCAAUCCUUCCCUUUCACAUCAAGACAUCAUUGCAGACUGAAAAGAGAGGAGGAGGAGGAGGAGGAAGAAGGUCAUGAGCACGCACUCAGAAUGCUGGGAAUGAAGUGAAAAAGAACACUGAAAUAUCACUCUACAAGUUUGAUCAUCACAUGUGAUUAUGACAAACAGGUUACAGUGCUUAGUAAGCCCUGUAGUUACAAAACGAUUGAGAAAAUGUCACUAAUGGAGAAACAUUCCCCAGAAACCCAUAUUUGUGGUUCUGGAAAUUGGAAUCCAGGAACAAUUUUUCCUUUUUAAAUUGCUAUUUAGGUUCCGUGUAGAUAAUGCAGGGCUGCGUCAUGGAGACCAACCCUAGUCCUCUCACUGCUAGUGGGCUAAAUACUGUCGAAUGCAAAAGAAUAAUGGUUCAUGAGCUAUUUAUUACCAAAAAUAUAAGUAUAUAUUUAAGUCUGAAUGUUUUGUUUUGCUUGUGAAUGUAUGUAGUGCGUUGCUAUUAUGUGUGCACGAUAAAAGUAGCUGACUGUAUUUUGUAGGUAUGUGAAUAGUAAACUGGAAGUACUUUUCUUGUGUUCAUCUGCACAUGUUGUUUUACUAUGCUGUUGGUAUAGUCCAGUGAUCGCAAACCUCACAUUUCUCUGUACAUUGAUGUGUGGACAUACCCCACGGAGGUUCAUCUGGAUGUGGGUUAUCAGGAAUGAGCUUGGGUUUUAUAAGUGUUCUUGAAAAGGGUUGCUGAAUCUGGUGCUCGGCCUCUUCGUUGAGUUACCAGACUAGAACUCCACUGGAGCCUGAGCUCAGAGGCAGUCUGGCAGUGCCAGGCUACGGGUUGGACCGUUUCUGUGUCAUUUUAUAUCAUCUUCAUGUUUUUCAUUUUUGCCUUAAAAUAGUAAUGUGUACAGUAUAAUGUUUUUAUUUUGUGAAACACCUGGGCAUAACUCUAAAUACAUUUUUGCUUGAACAAAA